AUGCCGGGCCCGGCCCUGGGGGCCCUCCGGCUCCUGCUGGCCCUCGCCGCGCUCCCGUGCCCAGUGACCGAGAGCCGAGGACUAAUGGAGACUUUACAGAGAUUCUCUUCCCUGCCCACAUAUCUUCCCAUGAACUACCAGAUCUUUAAUGCUGAGGUUUCCUUCUUCCUUAAAGAAGCCAACCAGGAUAUUAUGAAGAACUCUAGUUUGUGGUCCAGGGUGGAAUCAUUCUUUAUAUACAAAGCCACGAGCCCUCCUGUAUUGAAUGCUACUUAUGGGCCCUUUUUGGUCCAGCAGACAAUUCCUCCGGAGCUGUUGUUGUCAUCUUCUCCAUUUGGCCCUACUGAAAAAUUUGCUUUUAACUGGAAAUUAAAAUCUCAUAUUCUGGAAAGCUCCAUUUACUCCGACAGACCCAAGGUGAGGACGCUGUUUUACAUCACAGGAAUGGACUGGGAGGAGUCGGACCCUGCUGAGAUCCUGCCCUGCAUCAGGAUGUUUGCUUUCGUGGAUGGGAGGGAAGCCACGACCAGCUGCCGGCUGAAGGGAAAUUUGGGAUUGUGCAUGGCGGAGCUGGAGCUGUGGCCCGACUGGCUCGGCAGCCCGUCACCGCGCCCGGAUUUUGAGCUGGAGGACGAGGGCACGGUGGCACCGGGCACUCCCGUCGAGCUGUUUUAUCAGGCCUGCCCAGCCAGUGAUGGGGGAGAGUGCUCUCCCGAGGAUGGCAAAUGGGAAAACAACAUCCAGUCGAGCGUCCCCAGGGCAAGCCCGGCCAUGGAGCGCAUCGGGAGCGUUAUCGUCUAUCCAGCUCGGGACCCAACGAAGCAAUCUUUGGUGAAACUGGAUGAAAACGUUGUUGUUUUUUGGCCUCUCGGCCCAGUCAGGGAAGGGGACACGGUCACCUUCUACGUGGCCUUAACCAGUGGGUCUCUUGCUCAGCGGUUCACCCUCAGAAUUAAGUCUGCACCAGGUGUGAAGGUAGCGGCUGUGAGAAUCAGCGACGAGGACCAGUGGGAGAUUCGAGAAGAAAUAGACAAUGGAGAAGAGCAGACAACAGCCACCCUCAUUUGUGUGGGCCAUAGUCCCGAUACAGAAAGCAGAGCAAAUGGCUCCUUCUAUGAGAUCUUGCAAUUGGAGGUUGAAAUUGACAACAGCAGUGGGCUGGCGGGAGCUCAGCAAAUUACCUGGCAAGUUGAAUACCCUGGAGAAGACUCCUUGAGUGAGCUGAGGGUCUCAGAGAUCUUUGUCAGUCAGACGACAUUCGUAGGAAUUGUUCCUCUUGCAAUGGACACAGAAGUCCUCAAUACAGCCAUUCUGACUGGGAAGGCAGUUUCGGUUCCAGUCAAAAUCGUGGCCGUGCAGGAAGAUGGCUCGGUGAUGGACGUGACUGACUCCUCUGAGUGUAAGUCUGCAGAUGAAGAUGUCCUAAAGGUUUCUGACAGCUGUGACUCCAUUUUUGUUAAUGGAAAAGAAAUGAAGAGCAAAGUGGACACCGUCGUCAACUUCACGUAUCAGCAUUUCACCACGCAGCUCCAAGUGACGGUUUGGGUCCCUCGGCUCCCUUUGCAGAUCGAGAUUUCCGACACCGAGCUGAGUCAGAUCAAGGGGUGGAGGAUCCCCGUUGCCACAAAUAAAAGCAACAGAAGCGAUGCUGUUUUGCCUCCAGCUGGAAAGCCCACCCGAGACAGUGAUGACGACGAGGAUGAUGAAAAGAAGGGGAGAGGCUGCACUCUGCAAUAUCAGCAUGCAACGGUUCGAGUCCUUACUCAGUUUGUAGCGGAGACAGCUGAUUUGGGAGGUCAGCUGACCUACAUGCUGGGCUCCGAAUGGCAGUUUGACAUCACCGAUCUUGUGACCGAUUUCAUGAAAGUAGAAGAACCUAAAAUAGCUAAAUUACAGGACGGCAGAACGCUCAUUGGUCGAGAGCACGGAAUAACCACAGUACAGGUCUUGUCACCUCUUUCUGAUUCCAUCUUGGCUGAGAAGACGGUAGUAGUCCUGGAUGACCGGGUCACUAUCACAGAUUUAGGGGUACAGCUCGUGGCUGGAUUAUCUCUUUCUCUGCAGCACAACAAAGGAAAUAAGAGAGUCAUCGUUUCAACUACAUCAGCUUAUGAUAUUCUACAUGCUCCUCAACAGGAAGCAAUAGUCAGUUCUUGGAUUUUGUUCAGUGAUGGUUCGGUGACACCGUUAGACAUUUAUGAUUCCAAGGAUUUUUCAGUUGCCGUCUCCUCAUUGGAUGAAAUGGUAGUUUCAGCUCCUCCAAGCCUUCAGUCCAAGUGGCCUGUUGUGGUUGCCGAGGGCGAAGGGCAAGGGCCGUUGGUCAAGUUAGAAAUGAUGAUCAGUGAGCCUUGCCAGAAGACCAAGAGGAAGAGCGUUCUGGCUGUUGGGAAAGGAAAUAUUAAGGUCAAAUUUGGCCAGAAGGACUCUGACCCCUUGGGAGGCACCAAUGAUAUUGAAGGUGUGGAUCGAGAAUUUAAAGAUCCCUUCAGUAAUUCCAUAGAGAGGGAAGGGGACCAGGAGAGAGCAAUACAAGAAUGGUCCAGGCAUGGAGUUUCCAGCAACCAAGAAGAAAGUAUCAAUAAAAGCACAACUCUGAGAUCUCCUGCUGAAGGGAAUGAGAACAAGUUACUUGAGGAUGGCCAAGUCCAACGCAGUUCAAAUUCUUUCACGAGUUUCCCACCACAAGUGGAGUUAUCAGAGCCCAAAAACCCCAGUGACCUCUCUCUGACGUCUAGAGGGCUAACUGAUUUGGAGAUUGGCAUGUAUGCCCUGCUGUGUGUCUUCUGCCUGGCAAUUUUAGUCUUCUUAAUUAACUGUGUGGCUUUUGCCUGGAAAUACAGGCACAAAAGGUUUGCGGUAAGCGAACAAGGAAACAUUCCUCACUCUCAUGACUGGGUCUGGCUUGGGAAUGAAGUGGAGCUCCUAGAAAACCCAGUGGACAUUUCACUUCCAUCAGAGGAAUGUACCUCCAUGAUCGACCGUGGAUUGCAGUUUGAAGAGAGCAACUUCCUUCUGAAUGGAAGCUCUCAUAGUCAUAUCCUCAGAUCAUCAGAUUAUGGUUGUGAAAAAGAAAUAAAAAACGAACCCCUAAACUCUUCUGGCCCUAAAAGGAAGCGUGUAAAGUUCACUUCGUACACCACUAUUUUACCAGAAGAUGGAGGUCCGUACACCAACUCAAUUCUGUAUGACAGUGACGAUAAUAUUAAAUGGGUUUGCCAAGAUAUGAGCCUUGGGGACUCGAAGGAAUUCAGAGACUAUAUGGAAAGACUGCAAGACAAUAUGUAAAAUACUUUCUUAUGUUUGUAUUCACCUUUAUGCCUUCUGUUUUUGGAUGGUGGAACAGUAAGUCCAGUCAGCAAUAGGAGAUGACUAAACGGAGCCUGAUUUUGGAGGUCUAGAAACGUUCACUUCAUAAGCAGGGAGCGGAGGCUGGCAACGCUAAAGCUGUUUCACUAAAAACCAGGAUGUGCCCCUAGAACAACCACAUGUAGAUACUGGAGAUGUCGUACGACAGCUGUUUUUAUAUACUGCCUGGUACUAGCUCGAUGCUAAUACAAUUAAAUUCAGACCCAGUGGACAAUGCGUCACUUUGUCAGCUCGUGACAAACCGCCAUCUGGAAUUAGAAAAGAUCUGGGGAUGGAUUUUUGUAUUUGUUCUUCUUUGUAAAGCACAGUGGACAUUUCUUGCUCUUAGCCUGAGAUUAGACAUAUUUGAAAGCUAUUUGAAUGUAUACAUUUUAUUUUAAUUUCAUCGAGUGAGCACUUGUUAUUUUUACUACCACGUAUGUCAGUGAAGUUAACUUGAACUCUGGAUUUGGUUUGCAGAUUAAUAAUGGGAAAUAUCACUUGACAGCCUCUUGAUUUGUAAAAAGUUUGCUCACUGUGUUGACUAUUGUAUUUGCCGUGUCCAUUCCGAUUCAGGUUUACACCUCAUUUACAUCUGUUGGCUUUUAGCAGCAGUUGUCAAGGAUCUUUUCCUUAUGUUUGCCAUUUUUCAAUGAGGACUUCCUUCAGUACUAAUGGCCGGGGACGGGGGAAUGCCAUUUUCCAACUCUCUUAAUGCAGGUCGGAAAGUUUGGAGAAAGACCGUGGAGCAGCAAUAGGUUUAUUUUUGUGACUGGCAGUCGGAAACUAAUGGGAAAUGCAAGGGGUACUUUGCAGAGGAAAAAUGCCUCAAUUAAAACAGCUGUAUUUAUACAAAUGCUUUGUGGUCAACACAUUUUAUUACCCAAACUAGAAUUCCAAAAUUAGCACUGAUAUGCACAGAAAGAAAAUUGCCUAGGAAAUAGCUGAAGAUUAAAAUCAUUCUGUUUUUCCAGAACAAAAAUAAAGAGAAUGAUGCUUCAAUGUACUGUAUAUAGAAAUUUGUCUACAAUGACCAGAAAAAAUAUCCAUAAUCGUAUAUCUUGUAGAGAUAAAACCUUCCCAGAAAGAAGAGCCACGGACAUUGUGAGAAUAUGCCUAAAAGGAAAUGGCUGUUUCAAGCCUGCAAAGCAAGUCUGAUGAAGAUCAUAAGGGCAGAAAAAAAAUCAGCAGUGCCAUCAAAAGCCAGUGGGGAAUUAUUGUGUGGGUUUUAAAUGGGUAAAUAUUAUUGAUGGGGCCGUUUGAAAACUUGUGCAAGAGUUAUCUUCAGCAAUGCAGAAUUGAAUUACGUGGUAGGCAAAUAUUGGAUCAAAAUGUUGUUGGUAAAGAUUAUCAGUCCAUCCAUCAGCGGUAUUUACUGACCGCUUACUAAGUGCGACACACUAUACUAAAAUCAUAGGAGAGGCACAGAAUCAAAGACAUACAUUCCCUACUCUCAAGGAGCUAACAGUCUUCCUAUAAGCAGGAAAAACAAAGUAGAUGUGGAACCAGAUAGGCUCCUUCCAGACCCCAUUGGACAGAUGCCUCUGCAAAUGACCUCAGAAUGUGAUUGAAAGAGGCCCGUGGCCCCUAUUGUCGUUCAAAAACAAUUUGCCAGAUACAGCGCCCGAGUAGAGAGGAUCUGGACCCCAGUCACUAGGAACUGUCAUUCAGUUGCUUGCACCAAGAACUAGGUGUGCCUGAAACCCAGUAGAUGCAUUUUUGCAUCCAAAGCAGUCUGUUGGCAUUUCACUUUACCUGUGGAACCUGGAGCAGUUGUCCAGUGAAUUUGAAAUUUAUAGCUCUUCAGUUACGGCGUCUGCAAAAAGAGGAUGAUCCUUCUAUGGAAUUCACCACUGAAUAAGUAGUGAAGACUAAAGCGAUAGCAGUUAGGGAUGGGCUGCUUUGGUGCUCCUUGAAGUGGAAAACCAAGGUGCUUGCUAAUGAAACAGACCUCUUCUGACUAGCAUAGGUCGACUAGAGUGAUUCUUAAUGCUAUCGUAAAUCAGAUUAUUCAAAUGAGGCCAGCUCUUUUUAAAAGAUGUUUUCAAUUUUCUCCCUCUUCUGAUUCUUCUCCAUUUGGCCCGAGCAUAAAGGGAGUUCAUUUCUCCACCCUAGGAGUCUUGAAUGCAUCAGUGUUGGAUAGGAGCCAGGAAAUGCAAGUCCCAUUCCUGUAAACCGACCAGGAGGAAUGGGCCUUGAAAUGAAUGAAAGACACAAUUACCGUUAAGAUUAGGACCGUGGCUAAACCAUUGAAUUGCUCCCCUGAAAUAGAAAUAGAUACAAUAUUGAAAAUAUUGAAAUGGCUUCUGAGGGAGUCAUAACUCUCAUGGGCAUAAGGAAGUUCCUUGGGGAGAGAUCUCAGAGGAGUAGUUGAGUCUUGAAUCUUUCCCAUAUAUGAGUUUCAGGGUCAAACCUGGUCCCCUGGACAGGAAAAGACAAUUGAUUACAGUAAAACACUGUUCUGAUAGAAGUUAGGGAAUUUUUUUUGAAAGAAUAAACCAGUUUCAAAAUAUUCUCUGUUUAUAAAGAGCAGUAGGGUAUCCAGAUAAUGGGAGGGGAAUAGUAAUGUCUUCUAAUUAUGUGUAAUUUUUGAUAAACUGAUACCACUUUAAUGAGGUUUUAUUGGUAACUCGAUCUGCUCUGGUGUCUAUGUACAGUUCCUAUAAUCAAAGCAAAGGAGAGGGCAGUACAAGCUUAUUAAAGCUUAUUAAAGGGGGAAUCUGUAAUUGCAUAAAUUGCCCACAGUUCUUUGGAUUGCAUAUUUUGGAUAACAGCAGCUUUGUAGACCUGCUCAUAGAGACAGAUAUAAUCAGCUACUUGCUGGUAGGCACUUGCUAAAUAAAGAACUGCUAUUUUUCACAGAAGAGCCACAGAAGUUGUUGGAACCAUUCUAGAAUGGCCCUGAACCCAGAGAAAUAGCAGAAAAAGUGGGAGACCAUGGACAUUCAACUUUUGGGUUAGAACAUUGCCAUUCUGGAAUGACAGUGUUUGAUGCCUAUCUGAUUUCCCAACAACCAAGGAGUGCUUUAUAAACAAGAAAUCCGGGCCACCUGUGAAGUGUAGAUUGGUUGAUCUAUUAGGUAGUGAAAAAAUUAAGGGAGGAAAAUGUUGGAGGUUUCUAUGGAUGCUAAACCGAUUCCCAGUAAGAUUUUUCAGCAAGUAUAUGCCUAGGGAAAUAAUAAUAACAAUAAUAAUAAUAGUAAUUGUGGUACUUGUUAAUUGCUUACUAUGUGCCAGGCACCGUAAGCACUGGAGUGGACACAAGCCAAUUGGGAUGGACACAGUCCCUGUCCCACGUGGGGCCUCAGGGUUUCAAUCCCCAUUUUACAGAUGAGGUGACUGAGGCACAGA